UUUGGAUUAGGUGGCCUCGCCGGGUGAACUGCUAUUCGGAUGUGACGAUUCGCCAGAUUCUGAGCUCCACCGUUAGAGUAUUAGGAUGACAAAAACAACGAAACGACCAGAAACAAGGGGAACAACCGAGCAAGCACAGAUCACCACGCCCCCUGACGGCGGGUGGGGGUGGGUGAUCACAUUUUCGUCGUUCAUGAUCUCAGUGCUCGUGGAUGGCACGUGCUUCAGUCAGGGGAUUUUCUUCACGGAAUUUCUAACUUAUUUCGGCCAAUCAAAAAGCAAAACGUCAUGGGUCGGGUCAGUGUUGAAUGGGUCAUACCUGACAGUAGGGCCGUUCGUCGGAAGCCUCACCAACAAAUACGGCUGCCGGAAGGUGGCGAUGUGUGGCGCUGUGGUCUGUUCUUCCGCUUUGUUCAUCAGCACGUUCUCUCCCGGAAUCGAAGUUUUCACCUUCACGUACGGAUUUUUGGGAGGAAUUGGAUUUGGCUUGAUGUACUUGCCAGCGAUGGUCAUGGUCGGCUACUACUUUGCCAAGAAGAGAGCCCUGGCGACAGGUAUAGCGUGCUGCGGUUCUGGGAUAGGAAUGUUCGUCUUCGCACCCUUGGUCGAGUUCCUCCUUCAGGAAUACAACUGGAAGGGCACCACGUGGAUCAUGUCCGCCCUGAUCCUCAACGGAAUCCUAUUCAGCAUGCUCUACAGACCCCUGGAACCGUCGGGACAGCAGCCGAGCAUAGAAAUGGAGACUCUCAACAGCUACUCCACGAGCCCGAACUCGCCCGAAACGCCAAUAACGAUAUCGUUGUCCCCACCAGAGGACGCGUUUUCGUUUGACGAGAAUGGCGUUUUGUUACCUCUGCCCCAGCGCAGUAGGUCCUAUUCUCAAAGCACGGCGGAUAACAGGAUUAAACCGGUUAAGCAGAGUAUGAUGAGGGACAUAGCCAAGAUGGCGCACAGUCAGGACAUGAGUGUGAGACUGCGCAGACCGGGUCAGGAAAAAACUGUGUUUCUGAAGCCUCUACAGCGUAAGGACAUCUUCUACAGCGGCAGCGUUAUGCAUCUUCAGGAAUACAUCAACGCCUCGUCGCUGGCGGAUUUCGAGAAAGCCAUGAUUCGAACGCCAGACGACAAUGGUGUUGGUGACGCAGACGGCGAAGACAAUGGCGGGAAAAUGCCUCUGUUGUCACGAGUUGUUAAUAUGAUUCAUUUUGUGUUUGAUCCAGUCCUGUUGACGAGUCCCACAUUCCUCAUCUAUGGAUUCUCCUGUCUCAUCUGCAUGAUUGGAUUCUUUGUUCCGUUCAUGUACAUCCCUCCUCUGGCGAUGGAGCAGAACAUCAGUCCCCAGAAAGCCGCGUUCCUCAUCUCGGUGAUCGGCAUCUCGAACACCGUGGGCCGCGUGGCGGUCGGCGUUCUGUCCGACCUGCCCUGGAUAGACUGCCUCCUCGUCAACAACCUCGCGCUCAUCAUCGGCGGAGUCGUCACGUGCUUCGUCCCCUUCUACGACAGCUACGGGAUGCUCGCGGCCUACACAGUGGUGUUUGGUUUAAGUGUGGCUGUGUUCGUAUCCCUCCGCUCCAUCAUCAUGGUUGAACUAAUGGGUCUCGACAAACUGACCAAUGCCUUCGGACUUGUGAUCAUGUGUCAGGGAAUAUCAUCAUUCAUUGGCGCGCCACUGGCGGGUACCAUCGCAGAUUCAUUCGGAAAUUACAACGCAGCCUUCUACCUAGCCGGUGCAACGUUUGUCGUAGGGGGCGCUGUCUGUCUUCCGUUACGCAAAAUAUCGUCGCUGGAGAAACGAUGGAAAGCGGAGAAAGAGAGGAAAAAGCACAGGGUGCCAGAAAAAGAGCCAAUGGUCAUGGUCAAAUAAAAACAAAAAAUUAACAAAAAAAUGACAUGAUGUAUUUUAUAUAUAAAUGUAUUUAUAGUAUUGCUUACAUCCCAUUGUUAUCACGAUCACGUGAUAUAUUUAUAAUUUGUGUAUAGAUUUGCCUACAUUCCAUUACGUUGUUUCGGAAAUAUUUAAUGUCAUGAGAAAUAAAAUGUUUUUGAAAUCACCCAGUUUGCGUCUUAAGACGCUGGCAUAGGGCUUACCUAUAACGUUUAGUUUUAGUCGACAGAAGAAAUCAUUUAUACCAUUAGUAAUCGUAAGUGUACGGGGUGAGGGGGGGGAGG